AUGGGCACAGAACAGGAAUCAAGCAAGUAUGCUUCUGAGUACAGGCCAAAUUCCAAGGAGGGUUUUGGGUCAGUGGAGAAAGUCGUGCUGCUUAUGUUUCUCUCAGCGGUUAUCCUGAUGGCCAUCCUGGGGAACCUGCUGGUGAUGGUGGCUGUGUGCAGGGACAGGCAGCUCAGGAAAAUAAAAACCAAUUAUUUCAUUGUAUCUCUUGCUUUUGCGGAUCUGCUGGUCUCCGUACUGGUAAUGCCCUUCGGUGCCAUUGAGCUGGUUCAAGACAUCUGGAUUUAUGGCGAGAUGUUUUGCCUGGUCCGAACAUCUCUAGACGUGCUGCUCACGACGGCAUCAAUUUUUCACCUGUGCUGCAUUUCUCUGGAUAGGUAUUAUGCCAUCUGCUGCCAGCCUUUGGUCUAUAGAAACAAGAUGACCCCUCUACGCAUCGCAUUAAUGCUGGGAGGCUGCUGGGUCAUCCCCAUGUUUAUCUCUUUUCUCCCCAUAAUGCAAGGCUGGAAUAACAUUGGUAUAAUUGAUUUGAUAGAAAAAAAGAAGUUCAACCAGCACUCCAACUCUACGUACUGUGUCUUCAUGGUCAACAAGCCCUAUGCCGUCACCUGCUCUGUAGUAGCCUUCUACAUCCCGUUUCUCCUCAUGGUGCUGGCCUAUUAUCGCAUCUAUGUCACAGCUAAGGAGCAUGCCCACCAGAUCCAGAUGUUACAGCGGGCGGGAGCCCCUUGCGAGGGCAGGCCCCAGCCAGCGGACCAGCACAGCACUCAUCGGAUGAGGACAGAGACCAAAGCAGCCAAGACCCUAUGCAUCAUCAUGGGUUGCUUCUGCCUCUGCUGGGCUCCAUUUUUUGUCACCAAUAUUGUGGAUCCUUUCAUAGACUACACUGUCCCUGGGCAGGUGUGGACCGCUUUCCUCUGGCUUGGCUAUAUCAAUUCUGGGUUGAACCCCUUUCUCUACGCUUUCUUGAAUAAGUCUUUUAGACGUGCCUUCCUCAUCAUCCUCUGCUGUGAUGAUGAACGCUAUCGGAGACCUCCCAUUCUGGGCCAGACUGUCCCUUGUUCAACCACAACCAUUAACGGAUCCACACAUGUACUAAGGUACACAGUUCUGCACAGUGGACAUCACCAAGAACUUGAGAAACUGCCCAUACACAAUGAUCCAGAAUCCCUGGAGUCCUGCUUCUGA